AUGCGGAUGCGGCUGCUUAUGGACGACUACCACUGCCCCAUGUGCAAACAGCGACUGGGCCGUGUGAUUGUCAGUCGCAGCAUGCGGUCAUACGAGAGCUUUGAGCUGUGGGGCGACGCAGCAGGGCCUGACUCGGUGCUUGACGAGCAGUCGGAGAUCGUGUUCGUUGACUGUCGAGCGCAUUACAACGACCUCUGUCGUCUGCGGGGCUUCCAGUGCAGGAUCAAACGCUGUCGAGAGGUGAAGCACUCGCUAGGUCAGCUCAAGGAGCAUUUGCGCCGUGACCAUAGCGUCGAGUUUUGCGAGCUGUGCUUGACGCACCAGUCGUUUUUUAUCCAAGAGCAAGAAGUGUUUUCGAAAGGUGCGCUCAAGGGACACAGUAUCGGACGUAGUCGAGGGGCAUCAGCGGGACAGCAACACGCAAACACUGGCAAGGACUUUCACCCGAUGUGUCAGUUUUGUCGAAAGCGCUUCUACGGAGACAAGGAGCUGUAUGAGCACCUCGAACGUGAUCAUUUCAAGUGUCAUAUCUGCAAAGUGGAGAACGAAUACUUUCGCAACUACGCAAGUUUGGAAACGCACUUUCGCCGGGAACACCAUCUUUGUGAAGACUCAAGAUGUCUCGAGAUGCGUUUCGUAGUGUUCCCGAAUAACGUCGACUACCAUGCACACAUGAGCUCCAUCCACGGUGUGCACAACCGCCUGCAAUGCAAUUUCCAAGUGGCGCGUGGUGGUGGAAACCAAGCGAGUGCACCAGUCAGCUCUGACUACACUGUUGAUAGAUUGCCGGACCAUUGGAGCUACGGUGGGAGUGACCAUCCGCCGCCGUUACCGGCCGUGCGGCUGGAAGAGGCAUUUCCAGCACUACCAGCGCCUGCUGGACCUGCUCCUCCUCCCGUGUGGAGACCAGCAAUCGUUCGGCCGUCGAGUGCUCGUACCCAGGGUCCACCUACAGCAUCCCAGCGUGCACCCGCACCGCCACGAGGCCAAAUUUUUCGCAACCAGAACCUGGCGCAAGCGCUUGGGGUAACUAGACCUGGGCUUACGAGCGGAGACGCUGCCGCUUUUGAAGAAGAGAUGAAGUCGCCGAGUUACCCGGAAGAACUGGUCGCGUGGGGAAAAGCAAACACAAGCUAUUUGGCUGUAGUCGAGCGUCGUCUGAAGCGGAUUGUCGAGGAGUCGUCGUGUCAUAGCGUCAGUCUGCGAGCGAUGUCGGGUGAAGAGCGAGCGUCGAUGCAUCAAUUGGCCACAUUCUACGGGGUCGAGUCGGAGUCGUUUGGCGAAGACCCACGUCGUCGAGUGUCGUUUUUCAAGCGUGAGAAUGCGCAGGUGCCGGGCGUGACGUUGUCCGCUUAUAUCAGCAAUUUGAACAAGCAAGUUGCAGCAGCGCGAGCAGCGAGUCGAUUGAGGUACCUCCCACUCCAGAGCAGCGCGACUCAAGCACCAGCGCCAGUACCUGCUAGACACCCAGUCGCAGUCGACCGCGGAUGGGAGCGCAUUGCACCUCGCUGCUCCCCAGCCAUCCGCGAUGCUUGGAGCGAUGACGACGCUGAUGGCGGAACGGACGAAGAGGGCAGUGCAGAUAGCUCUGGUUUCCAGGAGCAAAACGAAGGUUACGAGAGCAGACCGUUGGGAGAGCAAACGUCAGUCGGAGUAUAG